AGGCCCCGCCCCCAGCGCCGCGCCACCUGCGUGGACAGGGUGCCACGUGAUGUGGCCGCCGAAAGCCGGGACGGCGCUGCAUGUCCACCAUGUUUGCAUUAUGCAGGAAAAAUGUUUCCCUGCAGUGAUGCUCACUGUCCACCAGGCCUGGUUUCUGCUCUUGGGCCGGAGCGCCUCCUCACCCGGGCCCUGGCCCCGCGGCGCUCCAGCUCUUGGCCCGGGUUUUUUUUUUUGACCAUGCUUUCCUUUUAAAUUGCUUCUGGCUUUCGCAUUUUUCUCUCGCCUUUCUUCCUCCCUCCUACUUCUUUAUAACCUCAGUGACCAAUCACCUACUCAAGGCAGCCGACGUAAGGUUGUUGCCACAAUAGGGUUUUGCAUCCUUGAAAAUUGCGUCAAGUGAUGCAUAACUCUUUUUGGCUGUACUGCCAUAUUACAGAGCUUCACACUGUCCCCUUAGGGCCUUUCAAAGUGUCAAAAAAAAAAAAAUGCAAGUCGCGUUUCUGUGGGUGGAGGGCAGUCCUGGUGAAGAGAUCAGUGCAAGUUAAAAUCAAAUUGAAGUUACCUCUUCUGACACUGGAGUUACCAUCUGAGGAGACCUGCAGUUACCAUUUAUUGGCACUUUAUUGAAACUUGACAGUCCUGGUGUCACAGUCCAGGACUUGACGGUCCUGAUGUUGGAAAAAAGCAGGCUACCAGCAAUUCUGAGAGCCUGGAAAACAGCUUGCAAGGAAAAUGAAGCUUCCGAUUUUCAUAGCAGAUGCAUUCACAGCAAAAGCAUUUCGUGGAAACCCUGCUGCUGUUUGCCUCUUGGAAAAUGAAUUGGAUGAAGACCUGCAUCAAAAAAUUGCAAGGGAAAUGAACCUCUCCGAAACUGCUUUUAUCCGAAGACUGCACUCAACAGACAACUUUACCCAAAGUUCCUGCUUUGGAUUAAGGUGGUUUACUCCGGCAAGUGAGGUCCCCCUCUGUGGUCAUGCUACCCUGGCUUCUGCAGCUGUGCUGUUUUACAAAAUAAAAAAUGUGAAUAGCACUCUAACCUUUGUCACUCUGAGUGGGGAACUAAAGGCCAGAAAGGCAGAAAACGGUAUCAUCCUGGACUUGCCUCUUUAUCCAACCCAGCCCCAGGACUUACGUGAAGUAGAGAAGCUGAUAAAGACUGCCAUAGGUGACACCAGGGUCCAGGACAUCCGCUAUUCUCCAGAUACCCGAAAGCUCCUUGUCCGGCUGAGUGAUACUUACGACAGGUCAUUUCUGGAGAACCUGAAAGUGAGCACACAGAAUCUGCCGCAAAUUGAAAGCUCAGGGAAGGUGAAAGGACUCAUUCUUACCCUUAAAGGACAACCUGGUGGGCAGACCAAAGUGUUUGACUUCUACUCCAGAUACUUUGCACCAUGGGUCGGUGUAGCUGAAGAUCCUGUAACAGGGUCUGCACAUACUGUUCUCAGCAGCUACUGGUCCCAGCAACUGGGGAAGAAAGAGAUGUAUGCCUUUCAGUGUUCCCCCCGAGGAGGAGAACUGGAGAUUUCAUUGCGUUCUGAUGGACGAGUUGACAUUCGGGGAGGUGCUGCUAUUGUUGUAGAGGGCACUCUGACAGCUUAGAGAGAAUUGUGCUGUGAAGCUGCUAUCUUGAAUGACUAAGUAUUUUCUGUAUACAGAGAAAUAUAAGGGAUUGCCUUUAUCAAACUUGAAUAGUAAACUUAAUCUUUGUUAGAAUUAGAAAAUGAAGCAUAUUAAUGGAUAUUUAAUAAUGAUUACACAUUACUUAACUAAUGGGGUUUUGGCUCCACCUGUGAGUGUAUUUCAAAUAAGUAACCAGUAAUGAAGAGCAGUGUAACCUUUGAUAAUGACUACUAGUCACAGAAGGGAGAAUACAUCUUUAAGGGGUAAGAAUGAACCAUUUAAAUUUAGAUGUGAGAAUCUGAUGGAAUAUUUGGCAGCCAUUAAAAAGACCCAGUGGGACCUCCCUGAUGGCCUCGGACUUAAGUCUCAGUACUACCACUGCUACAGCCUGAGUUUGAUCCCUGGCCAGGGAACUGCCCCACAUAUGGCACAGCAGACCUCUUCUGUUUUGCCCACUGCUCCCCUUAGCACUGUUCUGCUCCCCAGUCUGUCUCUGGUGAAUCAUCUCAAUCCCUGCAACUCUGGCCUAUGCCCCAGUUCUUCUAUGCAAAAUUUAAAAAUAAUUAUAAUUAAAUUAAAUUAAAAGACCCAAUAGCAUAAGAUAGAAAAAUAUUUUGUUAUAAUACUAAGAAAGAAAAUUACAGUAUACACUAAGAUAGUAGCCAUGUUCUGCUGCCUAUAGGGAAUAUGAACUUAUAUGGACAAGAAUGGGUCAUGAAGAUAGAAAAGUGAAGGUACUUCACGUGUUGGGGGUAAGAUUGAGAGUAAUUCUGAUGUAUCUAAAAAUUAUGGAUUUUUUUCCAUAUGGAAAAAACAUGGAAUUUUAAUGGAACAUGCUCAUGUUUAAUAAAUAAAAAUUAGGACAUGUAAUGAAAUAAAAAAAUCCAGAAAUUUAAAAAACCUGUGUGUAUUAUGUGUUAAUAAAAUAAAACUCUGAAAAAAAACACCAAAAGAAAAAUUCUUCCUUCAAAAAGUAAAUAAAAUGAUACUAAACACUGCAAGAAAUGUUAAUCUUGACAAGCAGUUUUAGAGUGAAAACUUUAGUGGGGUUGUUCUCCAACUUUAAAAAAUGAGUUUUAAUAUAACUUUAAAUUCAUUUAAAUUUAUAAUAUUCAAUACCCAUAAUUAACUUGGGAUGGGGCCAUUUUCAAGUCAUUAAGUGUUUAAAGUUAUCUCAUUGAUGGCAGUGCUUAGCCGUGUCAAAAACUACAAACCAAUCAGGUAGAAAUUGCUGUAGCACCCCCAUUUUGUUUUUUACCUUAAUGCUAUUAUGUUUCUAUUUUUGCUGAAGCAUGUGAAAGUAAAUUUAUUAUAGCAGUAGUUUUCUGCUUCCCCUAAUUUGCAAUAAAGUAGAUAAUUCACCUGUUUCAGUGAUUAAUGAGUAACCAAUGACUUGCCACACUCUAAAGCACAGCACAAUGAAUCGGUGGGGCGUGGCAUGGCACCAAGGGCCAGGAUUACUGGAGGGUUUCCACAAAGUGCAAGGUUUUCCAAACCUGGGACUGAACCAUAUGAAUAAUUUU